AUGAGCAAAAUUUUUGUAGACCAAAAUAUCUGUUUUCAGGUUGCCAAUAAUAAAGCGCUUUCUCUAGUGCGACAGGAUAAGGAACGUGAAGCAACCGAUGACCAAAAUAUCUGUUUUCAGGUUGCCAAUAAUAAAGCGCUCUCUCUAGUGCGACAGGAUAAGGAACGUGAAGCAACCGAUGGUCAUGAUGGAACAUGGGUUGCACAUCCAGGAUUAGUUCCAAUUGCUCGUGAGAUCUUUGACGAGCGUAUGCCGUCACCAAAUCAAAUUCAGAAACAGCUUGAAGGCGUGAUGGCAACAAAUAUGGAUCUUACGGCUAUACCUGAAGGAACUCGUACGGAAAGUGGAUUUAGACAUAAUAUUAGCGUUACCUUAGAUGCGGCUACUGCAGAAAUCAGUCGUGCACAAUUAUGGCAAUGGCUUAAGCAUGAUGCUCGCCUUGAAGAUGGACGUACUGUUGAUGCUCAAUUGGUAAAGCAGACAAUUGCCGCGGAGACCGAAAGACGCUUGAUUAGAGCUGGUUCCGUGGUUAGCAGGGGAUUUGGGUGGGAUUUACGAGAUCUACUUAUGGAAUUAAAACUUCCCAAUAUUGUAGAAACUACAGACUCCGCAACACAAAGUGAAGCACAAGGAUAG